UACAACUGACCUUUGGGAAUCUUUUAUGAGAGAAACUGAGAACCAUAUCUCUGUUUGAGCUAUACUGUGUGCCAUCCGCAGAAAAAUCGCUUCUCUUUAAUCGUGACUUUUGUGGACUGAGGAUCUUUCUCUUCAGAUAUCAUCCUCUCCUUUGAUUGUAUGUCGGUGAAGAACCCUACAUGUUCAAUCUUUAUGAUAGAUGGUUUCGGGGGCUGAGUGAGACAUUCGUCGAACACUUUGCAGAAGACCAAAUAUUUUGCAGGUAAUUUGGCCUUUCGGGAGAACCGAAAGCCAAAAACAGUGACAGUUUGAGAAGAAGAGAGAAACUAAACUUUGGAGAGAAAAUGAGUGGAGGGGAAGAAGGGGAAACGUUGGAGUUUACGCCAACAUGGAUUGUUGCAGCAGUUUGUACUGUGAUUGUUGCUAUUUCUCUGGCUAUGGAACGUUUGCUUCAUGUUCUUGGGAAUCUUUUGAAGAAGAAACACCAGAAACCACUCUUUGAGGCUCUUUUGAAAGUUAAAGAAGAGUUGAUGAUCUUGGGCUUUAUAUCACUGUUGCUGACAGUAUUUCAAAGUGCAAUUUCUAAAAUCUGCGUCUCAAAGGAAAUAUUAACUAGCAUGCUUCCUUGUAAAAUUGAACACAAUAAAGCAACAGGGGAGGGCUCCAAUCACACUGAAACAACAUCACAUUUUCAAAAGUAUUUUGCUUCAACCAUGGCUGGUAGCAUCAGGCACCUACUGGCAGAAGAAUCUACAUCCCAUCUGGAAUAUUGUGUUAAGAAGGGUAAGGUACCUUUGUUGUCAGUUGAAGCACUCCAUCAUCUGCAUAUUUUUAUCUUUGUCCUGGCCAUUGUUCAUGUGGUAUUCUGUGUUCUCACUGUUUCCAUUGGAGGGCUAAAUAUACGCCUGUGGAAACAUUGGGAAGAUUCAAUUGCUAAAGAGAAUUAUGAUUUAGAGCAAGUGUUGAAGAACAAAAUCACUAAUGUCCAUCAGCAUACUUUUAUCAAAGCACACUUUCUGGGUUUCGGUAAAGAUUCAAUUGUGCUAGUGUGGUUGCAUUCAUUUUUUAAGCAAUUCUAUGUAUCUGUGACCAAAUCAGACUAUGUGACACUAAGGAUAGGUUUUAUAAUGACGCAUUGCAGGGGAAAUCCCAAGUUUAAUUUUCACAAAUACAUGAUACGAGCCUUAGAAGAUGAUUUUAAGCAAGUUGUUGGUAUUAGUUGGUAUCUCUGGGUUUUUGUGGUCAUCUUCUUAUUGCUGAAUGUUAAUGGCUGGCAUACAUAUUUCUGGAUUGCUUUCCUUCCUUUCAUCCUUUUGCUUGCUGUGGGUACCAAGCUUGAGCAUGUGAUUGCCCAGUUGGCUCAUGAGGUUGCUGAGAGACAUGUAGCCAUUGAAGGGGACUUAGUGGUCAAGCCAUCAGAUGAACACUUUUGGUUCAACAGGCCUAUCAUUGUUCUCUACUUGAUCCAUUUUAUCCUCUUUCAAAAUGCUUUCGAGAUUGCAUUUUUAUUUUGGAUUUGGGUUCAAUAUGGCUUUGAUUCCUGCAUUAUGGGUCAAGUUCGUUAUAUCAUUCCUAGGCUCAUUAUAGGGGUUUUCAUUCAGGUACUCUGCAGUUAUAGCACCUUGCCACUGUAUGCUAUUGUCACACAGAUGGGAAGCUCGUUCAAGAAGGCUAUAUUUGAGGAGCAUGUGCAAGUAGGUCUCAUUGGUUGGGCACAGAAGGCGAAAAAGAAAGGCUUAAAAGCCGCUACUCAGACUGAAGCUGAAACAAACCCGGAGCAAAGUCCUUCGGUUUCGAUUCAGAUGGGGAGAGUGCUGCGAAAUGCAUGUGCUUCAGAGGAGAUUCAUCCUUCACAGGGCUCGAAAUGAGCGACACUGAGAAGAAAAGGAACCAUGCUUCUUGUAGAAAUAUUUAUCAGGUAACAGCAUUUAUGAUGUAUUUAUCGGUCCGGUGGUUUGUUUUGCUUGGUUACUAGUAUGUCGUAGGCAUCGGAUUCAGAUUUGAAAAAGCUGCUGUAAUGCUUACUGACAUGUUUAUCUAAAUACCCGUGAUUUUGCAACCUUAA